AUGAAGAAGCUCCACUGGUUGGUGCGGUUCCUGUUCGGGCCGGUGCCGGUCUACUUCUCGGCGCUGGCCAUCCUCAUCGUGCUCACCAACGCGCAGUACUUCGGGCUGGUGGGCGUCGGCGUGGCGCCGCGCGCCGCGAAGCUGGCCUCCUCCACGCCCGUGGUCAGCGUCAUGAAGUACUGCGACAUCUUCCGCGGGGAGUGGGUGCCGGACGCGGAGGCGCCCUACUACAACCACAAGACGUGCCACAUGAUCCAGGAGCACCAGAACUGCCUCAAGUACGGGCGCCCCGACCUGGGGUUCCUCAGGUGGCGGUGGCGGCCCUCCGGGUGCGAACUGCCGCGCUUCGACCCGCUGCAGUUCCUGCAGUUCGUCCGCGGAAAGUCGCUGGCCUUCGUCGGGGACUCGCUGGCGCGGAACCACAUGCAGUCGCUGCUCUGCCUCCUCUCCCAGGUGGCGUAUCCCAAGGACCUGUCGGCGAACCCGUCGGACCAGAACAAGGUGUACCACUACCGGGCGUACAACUUCACCAUCAGCAUGUUCUGGUCGCCGUUCCUGGUGCGCGCCCGGGAGCCCGACCACGACGGCCCCGCGCACACGGGCCACUGGAGCCUCUACCUGGACGAGGCCGACGACAAGUGGGUGUCGCAGAUCUCCCGCUUCGAUUACGUGCUGGUGUCGGCGGCCAACUGGUUCUCCCGCCCGUCCCUCUUCUACGAGAAGCGGCGCCUCAUCGGGUGCAGCUUCUGCAGCCGGCAGUACGGCGUCCCGGACCUGACGCUCUACUACUCGCAGCGCCGCGCGUGGCGCGUGGCGCUGCGCGCCAUCAACGAGCUGGAGCACCUCCGCGGGCGCGUCAUCGUGCGCAUGCUCUCCCCGAUGUCGCACUUCGAGAACGGCACGUGGGACCACGGCGGCAACUGCAGGCGCACGCAGCCGCUGCGGGCGAACCAGACCACCAUGGAGGGCCGCGACCUGCACUUCUACACCGCGCAGAUGGAGGAGUUCCGCGCGGCGGAGAAGGCCGCCAGCGAGAAGAGGAGGCGGCUGAUGCUCAUGGACGCCACGGCGGCGAUGCUGAUGCGGCCCGACGGCCACCCCAGCCGGUACGGGCACUGGCCCAACGAGAAGGUGCAGCUCUACAACGACUGCAUCCACUGGUGCCUCCCGGGACCCAUCGACAUCUGGAACGACAUGCUCUUCCAGAUGCUCCUCGCCUAG